AACAUGAUGGAUAACUGGUGUGCCCCACAGUGGGCUGAUUUAACACGUAGCCCUCAAGUACUUUCUGAUACCUAUUUUGAAGUGGAGCAUGAAGUACAUGAACCUUUAAUAACUUUUAAGCCUAACGCAAUGUCCAGUGUACCGUGUAAGAAGGAAAAUAUAACAGAACUAUCAGUGGCUGAAACAAAUUUUGACGAUAGUUUGGAACCAGUUGAAAAACCAUGCACCAGUGUAGCAUAUUUUAUACCCCAUGAUGGUAAGAAGCAGUCGGACAGUGAAAUUGAUAAAGAAAAAAAUUUGAAUAAUGCAAUGAAAGAUUCGAAAUUGGAUAAAAAAACUGAGAAAAUCCAUCAGGCAUGGAGUAUACCAGCACCUGAAUUAACAUCAGCAUUUAAAAAAUCAGUAGUGAGUCAUAAAGCUAAACCAGUGCCAGAAAGAUUUAGAAUCAAUGGAUAUAUAACAGAAGUAAAAAAUCAGGUGUCAGGUAAAUCUUAUUUGAAAAAUAAUCAAAACAUCAAUGUUCACAAGAAGAAAGAAAAUACGCAAAAUACUGCUUUGGUAAAAGAGAUAGAUAAACCAAUAAUUGAGUCAAAUGGUGAUAGUCCUAAAUGCAUUAAAAGCAAUGUUUCAAAAGAAAGAUUGUCCUACAAAAUUGUAUCUGGUAGAAAACAAUCUAAUGUAUAUAAAACAAAAACACGCUCGUUAAGUAAACCGUAUCCAAGAGUGCUUACCUGUCAAUAUCGUAGACAAAGUUUAAAGAAGUAUAGAAGAUGUUCAAAUCAGUUUAUAAGCAUGGCAGAGGCAAUUUCAAGAUUCCAGAAUGGAACACCUCAACGAUUUCGUACUAUCAGCAACAAAAAUUUUCAAGCAGGUUCUCUGAUGAAAUUAAAACAACAGGCAUUAAAGUUGACUCAUCCAGUUUCUCCUACGUUGAGAAGCAAGAAAAGAACAAGACCGAUUACUAUUUUAAAUCAACAAGAGCGGGAGAAAUUAGAGCUUGAAGAAAUGAAGAAACAUCAGAUCAAGGCAAAUCCCGUUCCAAUUAAUAUUUUGAAAGGUCCUUGCAUGUUAAAGAAAGUUCCAAAGAAGCCAGCUACUGUUACAGAAGAAUUUCGUUUAACAAAAACGCGUUAUACGACAGGGCCGCAUUUGCAUUCGCAAUCUGCAAUAGAUAAUAGAGAAAAUAAUUGCAAAAGCUCUCUGCCAAUCACUCGUUCUACUAGUGCUUCAAAUGUUUCUAUUAAAAAAGACAACGCAUGUACAGAAUCUUCUGGUAAAAAUAUAAAGCCUUUGCCGAUUGGUUUUGUAGCGCGCAAUAAACAGUAUCAAAUGAAGAAAGAAGAAAAAUUGAAGAAUCUGCAGGUUCAAGAAACCAACAAGAUUAAGAAUGAAUUUCAUGCAAGGCCGGCUCCUAAAUUCACAAAACCCAUAAAUCCAGUUAAAGAACAGAGCGAGAAGAAACGGAUUGUUCCAUGCCCGUUUAGUUUUGAGAAGAGAGACAAGUCGCUUGCCAAAAAGAAGGAGGAACUUGUUAAACACAAGCAAGAACAAAAUAAGGAGAUCCCUAUGUUUCAUGCCAAUCCUGCGCCAACUUUUAAACCUGUGCUGGUGCAUGGUUUAUCCAAGGAAAGUAUUCAGAGCAAGGAGAAGACUGCAGGCGGUACCAAAAAAUUGGUAUCAAGACAGACUAAAAGUUGCUUCGAUCAAGAAAACAAGCAACCCAACGUCAUUGUUUCUGUUAACGCAAUAAAGAAAGGCAUGAAGCAGUGUGCUCAGGAGUUUGGUAAAAAGCAAUCUGCGAACACUGUGAAGGUAAAUAAUGCUGUAAAUGUUAAAACAGAAAAACCAAAAAUCGCAUUAAGAACAAAGUUUGAAUUAAAUACAGAAAAAAGAGCGAAGGAGCGAACCGAGUUUGAAGAAAAAAUGAGGAAAAAGGAGGAACAACUAAAAGCAAAGAAAGAAGCAGAAGAAAAGAACAAAAUGUUGAGGGAAAAAUCGGAAAGGACCGAGCUACGCAGAAUGACCGAGGUGAAAGCCAGACCGAUGCCAAUAUACAAACCCUUAACUAUUUUAAAAUCAACUAAACCUCCGAGCAGUCCACGAAGUCCUGCUUGGACAAGUAGAAAUAAGAUAAGAAAUGUUUCCUAAUUUUAAGUACUUUUUAACAUUAACUUGAAGCGUUUUAUAAUUGUAUUAUGUUAUGUGUAGCUACUUAAGGUAACAAUGAUAUGUCAAAUAUAUAUCACAGAAAUAUAGUAAAUACUUAAAACAUUCACAUAUAUUAUUACAAUAAAAUAAAUUUUUAUGAAAAUGGUGCAAUUUGA